AUGGGAAAAUCAUCUAUAUUUAAUCAAAAAAGAGCAAACUUUACAGACGAAAAUAAAAUAUUUAUCAGGGAACAAUCUGAUAAAUACCAAAAAUCAACAUCGAGAGAUGAAAAAACGAAUAUAAUCAAACAAGUUCUUCAAUAUUUUAAUAUUAAAUACGCCGAAAAUGAAUCUAAAGCUGUCAGAAGAUAUUUUAGUUAUAUUGCAGUUAAAAAUAUUCCCGCAGUUACUGGAAAAUAUCCUGAUACAAUUGUUCGCAAAGAUAUGCUUUAUUCGCAUGAUCAUACAAAUAUUAUUAAUUCAAAUAAUAUUGAACGUUACUACCGUUGCAUCGAUCAUUCUUGUCAAGCACGUUAUUUAGUUAAAAUUGAGAACAGUUCAGUUUCCGAAGAUUUACAAAAGGAACAUAUACCCGAAUGCAGACAAUUUAAAAAGUUACAAAAUGAAAAAAAUGAUCUUCAUAAAUCAAUGACUCUGACAGAAAUAUACAAUAAGGCAAUGGCAAAAUUUUCUGAAGACAACGGCACUUUUCAGCAGAUUAAAAAAUUUAUGACAGAACUUGCUGUUGGUACUGAUGAAAACCCAUUAAUUAAAGAUUCAUUGGUCAGGGAAGUUUAUAAUAAGUCCAGAAAAUUUUCUGUUGGAGAAAAAAUUACAGACGAUGAAAUUGCUAAUUUUUGUUUAAUAAAUGGCGAGCAGUUUUUCAUUGGCCAUGAUUUUCAAGCAAAUUGUGAGACGAUGUUUUUUGGUUUUGAGAAGGCAAUUCAAUUUGCAAAAGAAGCCACAGAUUUAUUUUGCGAUGGAACUUUUAAAAUUACACCAAAACAUUUUCAAAAAGGACAGAUGCUAACAAUUAUGAUUUGUGAACCUUCAACAAAUCAAUAUCUACCACUUUUAUUUAUAUUCAUGAAAAACCGCACAUUUGAAUCUUAUAAGAAGGCAUUUGAAUAUAUUUUUACUGUCAAGGGUAUUCAAUUUUCAAAGCUAA